AUGAACAGUCCACGGGAGCUCGUACCGGCGGCCGGCAUGGACGCGUCGAUCGCAUCUCGGACGCGGACCAAGGUCUCGCUGGUCGACGUCGACAUUGAGCAGCUCGAGGGCGACCUCGCGGACGACCCAUCGUGCAUGGGCCUCGACAUGGACGUGAUCAAGGAGGAAGAGAACUACCGGCGCUUCCUGACGUCCUUGCUUCCGAACGCGUCCUCGGACGAUGACGACCUCUCGUUUCUCUGCGACGACGACGACGAAGAGUACCAUCCCCAUGACGACGACGGCGACGACGAGUACGACGACGAGCACAAGCAGUCGCGCCACGCCGACAUGGCCAACAGCAUCUCCAAGUCGGAGCUUUCGGGGCUGCUCUGGGACUCGUCCAACCUCGACUUUGUCCCGGCGCCGCCGCCCGACGAGGCCCAUGAAGCGCCACCCAGCGCCAGUCGGCCCAAGCCAAUGACGUCGUCCUUUGUCCAGAUCCAGCCGAAUGGCCACUGGAAAGGGUCGCUGACGAAGGCGCAGCUCACGCAGUUGGCAUCCCAGAUGCACAAGCACUACCAGCUGCUCUGCCAGACGACGAUCUUGGCGCCGUCGACGCCGGCGCGCCGAUUCUAG